CUGCUAAGUCGGUCAAUCAUGCUAUAAAUAGUGACCCUCAAACCUAAUUGUUCUUCGUAUUUGUUUUGGCUUCUGAAUCGAUUUGAAGAAUUUUCUAGCCGAUAUUCAAGAUGCAAAUCUUCGUUAAGACCCUCACCGGAAAGACGAUCACCCUUGAGGUGGAGUCUUCGGACACCAUCGACAACGUCAAGGCUAAGAUCCAGGACAAGGAGGGGAUUCCGCCGGACCAGCAGCGUUUGAUCUUCGCCGGCAAGCAGCUCGAGGACGGGCGUACCCUUGCCGACUAUAACAUCCAGAAGGAGUCCACCCUCCACCUUGUCCUCCGUCUCCGCGGUGGCAUGCAGAUCUUCGUCAAGACCUUGACGGGUAAGACGAUCACCCUGGAGGUGGAGUCGUCUGACACCAUCGACAACGUGAAAGCCAAGAUCCAGGACAAAGAGGGCAUCCCCCCGGACCAGCAGCGUUUGAUCUUCGCCGGCAAGCAGCUGGAGGACGGCCGCACCCUCGCCGAUUACAACAUCCAGAAGGAAUCCACCCUCCACUUGGUCCUUAGGCUGAGGGGAGGCAUGCAGAUCUUCGUUAAAACCCUCACCGGCAAGACGAUCACCCUUGAAGUUGAAUCCUCGGACACCAUCGACAACGUGAAGGCCAAGAUCCAGGACAAGGAGGGCAUUCCCCCGGACCAGCAGCGUUUGAUAUUCGCCGGCAAGCAGUUGGAGGACGGCCGCACCCUUGCCGACUACAACAUCCAGAAGGAGUCUACCCUUCAUCUCGUCCUCCGCCUCCGUGGUGGGAUGCAAAUUUUUGUGAAGACCUUGACUGGCAAAACCAUCACCUUGGAGGUGGAGUCCUCGGACACCAUUGACAACGUGAAGGCCAAGAUCCAGGACAAGGAGGGCAUUCCCCCAGACCAGCAGCGUCUUAUCUUCGCUGGAAAGCAGCUUGAAGAUGGCCGCACCCUUGCUGACUACAACAUCCAGAAGGAGUCUACCCUUCAUCUCGUCCUCCGCCUCCGUGGUGGGAUGCAAAUUUUUGUGAAGACCUUGACUGGCAAAACCAUCACCUUGGAGGUGGAGUCCUCGGACACCAUUGACAACGUGAAGGCCAAGAUCCAGGACAAGGAGGGCAUUCCCCCAGACCAGCAGCGUCUUAUCUUCGCUGGAAAACAGCUUGAAGAUGGGCGCACUCUUGCUGACUAUAACAUCCAGAAAGAGUCCACACUUCACCUCGUCCUCCGUCUCCGUGGUGGCAUGCAGAUCUUUGUGAAAACCCUGACGGGAAAGACUAUCACUCUGGAGGUGGAGUCCUCCGACACCAUUGAUAAUGUGAAGGCGAAGAUCCAAGACAAGGAAGGCAUUCCUCCAGACCAGCAGCGUCUGAUCUUUGCUGGGAAGCAGCUGGAGGACGGUCGCACCCUCGCUGAUUACAAUAUCCAGAAGGAAUCCACCCUUCACUUGGUGCUCCGCCUCCGUGGUGGUAACUAAGUCGUGUGCUUCUCUCGUUUACAGUCCUCCGUGGUGGUCAAAUGGUGUCUGUCGUCUUGUCUGUCUCGUCCCCUGGUGAAUGAUGUCUGGAUCCAGCCCUCAAUCAUGUGGGUUGGACUCCUCAGUCUAUUUCUUUUCUGUUUUUUCCUUUUAAGUUCCUAAUAAUGUUUCUGAGUCAAUCAAAGUUUAGUUCUAUAAUUGCUGAAUGGUGUUUGCUAUUGUUGAAUA